AUGGGGGCCAAAAAGGGAAUGGAAUCCGAGCGUGGGAUUAACAAAAUAUUGACUAUAAAAAUUUUAGUGUUAAACUUAACUUUCAUAUGGAUAUUAGCACAUUUUACUAAUGACAUUCCUGUUACAUUACACAAUGGUGACAUCGCAAUAAAAAAUAAAUUCGAUUUACGAAGGAUAAGAAUAUUAGCAUCGAUUUUUGAAGAUGAGGCACAAGACAGUAAUAAUAAUGAUACUAUGCUUAUUCGAUAUUAUCAAGAUCCCCUCGAUUUAUUCUAUAAGUCAAAACCUAAAACUAAAGGACGAAUUAAUGAACGCAAAUUAGAUUUUAUGAAAAAGAUAUAUCCCAAUGUUAUUAAUGACAAUGAAAACCCUGAAAAUAAAUUUUUAGAACUAAGAAAUAAAGCGCUCGCCCCUAUUGAAAAACGUAAUCAAGGCCUACUAGAUGUUCAUAAUAGUUUAUUGAGUUUUAGUAAUUAUGUAUCAGAUAUGAAAGCUUAUGGAUCAGCACUAGAAGAAGUAAAAAAAAAUAUGGAUUCUUUUAGAAAUACAUGUGAAAUACAAUUUUCAGGAAUAAAAGAUCUUUUAUCGAAUUAUAUGGAUUCCUAUGGAUCACAAAUUAAGGAAGUAGGAAAAUAUUUAUCUGAGAAAAUCGAUUCUACUAAUAAUUUACCUGAAGAAAAGAAAUCUAAAGAUAUUCAUGAUGAUACACACGCUAAUGAAAUAUAUUCACAAUAUUAUUCUGAUAAAAAUGAUUCAGCAACAAAUGAUCGUAAUUCAAGUUUAGCGAAGACAGAAGACUCAAAAUCUGAUUAUGAUAAAAAUCACGGUGUUUUCGAAGAUGAAAAUGAAUCGCUUUAUGAAUAUUUUUACAAAAAAUAUGGCGAUGAUAUCCCUUUUAUUACCGAAAUAGAUUCAAGUGAUACCGAAGACGAAUCUGAAGAUGUCCCAAUUUUUAAAAAACAACAUCAAUACGAAUUAAAGGAUACAGAAAAUGAUGGAAUAAAAAAUACAGAAAACAAAAACGUUGCAGAUUCUAAUAAUCAGGAGUAUCCAACAAAAACAACUUAUAAAGAAAAAACUACUAUAAUAUUGAAUUUUAGACCAUCUAAUGAUGAGUCUGAAGAUGAUAUACCUCAAAUUACAGAAACUUAUUAUGUUGAUGUGAAAAAACCAAAUGAUGAUAAUCAUAGAAAAGAUGGAACUAAUGUUACAGGGCAUUCAAAUGGGAAAAUUUUAAAUAAAGAAACAACAGGGCAAUCUGCCGCAAGCAACAAAAUUCCAAAUAAACCUACGGAAGAUCAACAAGCUCCAGCUCAACAAAUUCCAGAGCAAAAAGUUAAACAACAAACUCCAGGACAACAAGUUCCAGGUCAACAAGUUCAAAGACAACAAACUCCAGGACAACAAGUUCAAAGACAACAAAUUCCAGGCCAACAAGCUCCAGCUCAACAAAUUCCAGAGCAAAAAGUUAAACAACAAACUCCAGGACAACAAAUUCCAGGUCAACAAGUCCAAAGACAGCAAAUUCCUGGUCAACAAGUUCAAAGACAGCAAAUUCCAGGUCAACAAGUCCCAGGUCAACAAGUCCAAAGACAGCAAAUUCCUGGUCAACAAGUUCAAAGACAGCAAAUUCCAGGUCAACAAGUCCAAAGACAACAAAUUCCAGGUCAACAAGUUCCAGGCCAACAAGUCCCAGGUCAACAAGUCCCAGGUCAACAAGUCCAAAGACAGCAAAUUCCAGGUCAACAAGUCCCAGGCCAACAAGUUCAAAGACAACAAAUUCCUGGUCAACAAGUUCAAAGACAACAAAUUCCAGGUCAACAAGUUCCAGGCCAACAAGUUCAAAGACAACAAAUUCCUGGUCAACAAGUUCAAAGACAACAAGUUCCAGGCCAACAAGUUCAAAGACAACAAAUUCCUGGUCAACAAGUCCAAAGACAACAACUCCCAGGCCAACAAGUUCCAGGACAACAAGUCCAAAGACAACAAAUUCCAGGCCAACAAGUUCAAAGACAACUCCCAGGCCAACAAGUCCAAAGACAACAAGUCCCAGGUCAACAAGUUCAAAGACAACAAGUCCCAGGCCAACAAGUUCAAAGACAACAAAUUCCAGGCCAACAAGUCCCAGGUCAACAAGUCCAAAGACAACAACUCCCAGGACAACAAGUCCCAGGUCAACAAGUCCAAAGACAGCAAAUUCCUGGUCAACAAGUUCAAAGACAGCAAAUUCCAGGUCAACAAGUCCAAAGACAACAAAUUCCAGGUCAACAAGUUCCAGGCCAACAAGUUCAAAGACAACAAAUUCCUGGUCAACAAGUUCAAAGACAACUCCCAGGCCAACAAGUUCAAAGACAACAAAUUCCUGGUCAACAAGUCCAAAGACAACAACUCCCAGGCCAACAAGUUCCAGGUCAACAAGUUCCAGGACAACAAGUCCAAAGACAACAAAUUCCAGGUCAACAAGUCCAAAGACAGCAAAUUCCAGGUCAACAAGUCCAAAGACAGCAAAUUCCAGGUCAACAAGUUCCAGGCCAACAAGUUCAAAGACAACAAAUUCCUGGUCAACAAGUCCAAAGACAACAACUCCCAGGUCAACAAGUCCAAAGACAACAACUCCCAGGCCAACAACUCCCAGGUCAACAAGUCCAAAGACAACAACUCCCAGGCCAACAACUCCCAGGUCAACAAGUCCCAGGUCAACAAAUUCCAGGUCAACAAGUUCAAAGACAACUCCCAGGCCAACAAGUUCAAAGACAACAAAUUCCUGGUCAACAAGUCCAAAGACAACAACUCCCAGGCCAACAACUCCCAGGUCAACAAGUCCCAGGUCAACAAAUUCCAGGUCAACAAGUUCAAAGACAACUCCCAGGCCAACAAGUUCAAAGACAACAAAUUCCUGGUCAACAAGUCCAAAGACAACAACUCCCAGGCCAACAAGUUCCAGGUCAACAAGUUCCAGGACAACAAGUCCAAAGACAACAAAUUCCAGGUCAACAAGUCCAAAGACAGCAAAUUCCAGGUCAACAAGUUCCAGGCCAACAAGUUCAAAGACAACAAAUUCCUGGUCAACAAGUCCAAAGACAACAAAUUCCAGGUCAACAAGUUCAAAGACAACAAAUUCCUGGUCAACAAGUCCAAAGACAACAACUCCCAGGUCAACAAGUUCAAAGACAAUUCCCAGGCCAACAAGUUCAAAGACAACAAAUUCCAGGUCAACAAGUUCAAAGACAACAAAUUCCAGGUCAACAAGUCCAAAGACAGCAAAUUCCAGGUCAACAAGUCCAAAGACAGCAAAUUCCAGGUCAACAAGUCCAAAGACAGCAAAUUCCUGGUCAACAAGUCCAAAGACAACAACUCCCAGGUCAACAAGUCCAAAGACAACAACUCCCAGGCCAACAAAUUCCAGGUCAACAAGUUCAAAGACAACUCCCAGGCCAACAAGUUCAAAGACAACAAAUUCCUGGUCAACAAGUCCAAAGACAACAACUCCCAGGCCAACAAGUUCCAGGUCAACAAGUUCCAGGACAACAAGUCCAAAGACAACAAAUUCCAGGUCAACAAGUCCAAAGACAGCAAAUUCCAGGUCAACAAGUUCCAGGCCAACAAGUUCAAAGACAACAAAUUCCUGGUCAACAAGUCCAAAGACAACAACUCCCAGGUCAACAAGUUCAAAGACAAUUCCCAGGCCAACAAGUUCAAAGACAACAAAUUCCAGGUCAACAAGUUCAAAGACAACAAAUUCCAGGUCAACAAGUCCAAAGACAGCAAAUUCCAGGUCAACAAGUCCAAAGACAGCAAAUUCCAGGUCAACAAGUCCAAAGACAGCAAAUUCCUGGUCAACAAGUCCAAAGACAACAACUCCCAGGUCAACAAGUCCAAAGACAACAACUCCCAGGCCAACAAAUUCCAGGUCAACAAGUUCAAAGACAACUCCCAGGCCAACAAGUUCAAAGACAACAAAUUCCUGGUCAACAAGUCCAAAGACAACAACUCCCAGGCCAACAAGUUCCAGGUCAACAAGUUCCAGGACAACAAGUCCAAAGACAACAAAUUCCAGGUCAACAAGUCCAAAGACAGCAAAUUCCUGGUCAACAAGUUCAAAGACAAUUCCCAGGCCAACAAAUCCCAGUUCAACAAGUUCAAAGACAGCAAAUUCCUGGUCAACAAAUCCCAGUUCAACAAGUCCAAAGACAGCAAAUUCCUGGUCAACAAGCUCUAAGACAACAAAUCCCAGGUCAACAAAUUCCUGGUCAACAAGUCCAAAGACAAUUCCCAGGCCAACAAGUCCAAAGACAACUCCCAGGACAACAAGUUCAAAGACAGCAAAUUCCUGGUCAACAAGUUCAAAGACAACUCCCAGGCCAACAAGUUCAAAGACAAUUCCCAGGCCAACAAGUUCAAAGACAACUCCCAGGCCAACAAGUCCAAAGACAACUCCCAGGCCAACAAGUCCAAAGACAACUUCCAGGCCAACAAGUUCAAAGACAACAACUCCCAGGCCAACAAGUUCAAAGACAAUUCCCAGGCCAACAAGUUCAAAGACAACUCCCAGGCCAACAAGUUCAAAGACAACAACUCCCAGGACAACAAGUCCAAAGACAACUUCCAGGCCAACAAGUCCAAAGACAACUCCCAGGCCAACAAGUUCAAAGACAAUUCCCAGGCCAACAAGUCCAAAGACAACUCCCAGGCCAACAAGUUCAAAGACAAUUCCCAGGCCAACAAGUCCAAAGACAAUUCCCAGGCCAACAAGUCCAAAGACAACUUCCAGGCCAACAAGUCCAAAGACAACUCCCAGGCCAACAAGUUCAAAGACAAUUCCCAGGCCAACAAGUUCAAAGACAACUCCCAGGCCAACAAGUCCAAAGACAACUUCCAGGCCAACAAGUCCAAAGACAACUCCCAGGCCAACAAGUUCAAAGACAACUCCCAGGCCAACAAGUUCAAAGACAACAAAUUCCUGGUCAACAAGUUCAAAGACAGCAAAUUCCUGGUCAACAAGUUCAAAGACAGCAAAUUCCUGGUCAACAAGUUCAAAGACAGCAAAUUCCUGGUCAACAAGUUCCAAAACAACAAGUUCCAAAACAACAAGUUCCAAAACAACAAGUUCCAAAACAGCAAGUUCCAAAACAACAAACUAAAAACCAAAAAGUCCCACUCAUUACUGUUCCGAAUAGGCCAGUUGCACAACGCGUUCCACGUGUUACUGUUCCAGAUAGACCAGUUGCACAACGAGCUUCAAAUAAAAAUGCUGCAAAACAAGUCCCAAAUAAAAAUGAUGCGAAACAAGUCCCAAAUAAAAAUGCUGCAAAACAAGUCCCAAAUAAAAAUGCUGCAAAACAAGUCCCAAAUAAAAAUGCUGCAAAACAAGUCCCAAAUAAAAAUGAUGCGAAACAAGUCCCAAAUAAAAAUGCUGCAAAACAAGUCCCAAAUAAAAAUGCUGCAAAACAAGUCCCAAAUAAAAAUGCUGCAAAACAAGUCCCAAAUAAAAACGCUGCAAAACAAGUCCCAAAUAAAAAUGCUUCAAAUAAAAAAAAUAAACGAAAAUAA